GGCUGGCUGGCAGGCUGGCUGGCUGGCUAGUAUCUUGGUGGUGGUGGUGUGCGGUUGGACUGUGGUUGUGUUUCAGGUCUGGUCGUGUUGAUAACGACACACUUCCGACGCAUUUCAUCGCGGAGAGAUGGGAAUUAUGAAGAAAUGGCUCUAAAACAAAUCGCUCCAACCCUACUGGCCCUGCUCGGGCUGGUGGCCGUCGGUAAUGCUUUACGUUGCAACUGCACAAACUGUGAGAAGACGGGCUAUGAGUGUGAGACAGAUGGUGCCUGUAUGGCUUCAACUUACUAUGUCCAAGGGAAGGAGGAACACGUACGUGUCUGCAUCAACCAGGACAGCCUUGUCCCCCCUGGACAGCCCUUCUACUGUUUGAGUGCUGAGGGCUUCUUCAAUACUCACUGCUGCUAUGUAGAUUACUGCAACAGCAUUGACCUGAAAGUCCCAGUCCCAACCAAGGGGGGGGACUGGUCAAGCCAAGUAAGCAGUUGGGGGCCAGUGGAGCUGGUGGCGGUGAUUGCAGGGCCCGUGUUCCUGCUGUGUGUGUUGCUGAUGGUCGGCGUGUUCCUGUUCCAGUAUCACCAGAGGGCCUACAGCCACAGACAGAGGCUGGAGGUAGAGGAUCCCUCCUGUGACCACCUAUACUUGGCUAAGGAUAAGACCCUGCAGGACCUAAUCUAUGACAUGUCCACCUCUGGAUCAGGCUCUGGUCUGCCCCUGUUUGUGCAGCGGACGGUGGCCAGAACUAUCGUGCUGCAGGAGAUAAUAGGAAAGGGUCGCUUUGGUGAGGUGUGGCGAGGGAAGUGGAGGGGAGGUGAUGUGGCAGUGAAAAUCUUCUCAUCCAGAGAGGAGCGCUCCUGGUUCAGAGAGGCUGAAAUCUACCAGACAAUCAUGUUACGGCAUGAAAAUAUCCUAGGAUUUAUCGCAGCAGACAAUAAAGACAAUGGCACUUGGACUCAGCUCUGGCUGGUGUCAGAUUAUCAUGAGCAUGGCUCUCUUUUUGACUACCUGAAUCGCUACUCUGUCACUAUUGAGGGGAUGAUCAAGUUGGCACUGUCAGCUGCCAGUGGGUUGGCACACCUGCACAUGGAGAUCCUAGGCACUCAGGGUAAACCUGGCAUUGCUCACCGUGACCUCAAGUCAAAAAAUAUUCUGGUUAAGAAGAAUGGCACAUGUGCCAUAGCUGACCUCGGUCUGGCAGUCCGCCAUGAGUCUAUCACAGACACAAUUGAUAUAGCACCGAACCAGCGUGUGGGCACUAAGAGGUAUAUGGCUCCAGAGGUCCUGGAUGAAACCAUCAACAUGAAACACUUUGAUUCCUUCAAGUGUGCCGACAUUUAUGCACUGGGCCUGGUGUAUUGGGAGAUUGCGCGUCGCUGUAAUGCAGGAGGCAUCCACGAGGAGUACCAGCUACCAUACUAUGACCUUGUGCCCUCUGACCCAUCCAUAGAAGAGAUGAGGAAGGUGGUGUGUGACCAGAAACUGAGGCCCAAUGUGCCCAAUUGGUGGCAGAGCUAUGAGUCACUGCGCGUGAUGGGGAAGAUCAUGAGGGAGUGCUGGUAUGCCAACGGAGCAGCCAGACUGACAGCUCUGCGUAUCAAGAAGACUCUGUCUCAGCUCAGUGUGGAGGAGGAUGUGAAGAUGUGAGCGGACAGGUGGCGGAAAGACGCUCUGGAGACGCACAACCAGACAACACUCCCAUAGGAAACAAAAACUAAAGACAGACUGCAAAUAAAAACCCUGCCAGUUUUAAAGCCACACUCCAAGUUGUGACAAGGCCUACCUCACCUUUUUAGCCAAAACUACUGAGAAUCACCCUUCCUCCUCUUGACUUUUCCCCACUUCCCUUUGCUCCUCAUGUCUCUUCCUCCUUCCCUCUGACUCCCUUCUCCACGGGCCACAACACUACAGCACUACCACUGUUAAUAUCAUCACUCAACCUUUCUUUUUUUUUUUUUUUUUUUCUUUUUUUUUUUUUGGGUCGUCUCCCAUGGCAGGAAUUAUAACUCUUGUACAGCGAGAGGAGUCUUCUGUUUUUGAUCAGGUUUUUGUUUUUUGGACCUCUCUGAAAUUGUCCAGAAGAGUCAGGCAAGUUGUGGGUUUCGAGUUUAGGACUUUUCAUUCUGUUGGCCAUACAUCACAUUCUGUCGCUGUAAGGGGGGAAAAGAGGCUGAAGCACUGUUUUAUAGUUGUGUGUAAAAAGGUGUCUGGACUACUAGCAUGUUCCCAAGACACUAAGUCGUCUACUGGUGUAGGCUAUAGUUCAUUAGACAAAAUCAGUUAUUGGACAUGUGGUAAUUAAGCAUGAACAGCUGGAUUGUGCUUCUUUUUUUUUUUUCUUUUUUUUCUUUAAUCCCUCACUUGAAUAUUCUUCAAACACAAAUUAGUUGCACUCAACUGUAGCUUCCUCAUCGUGUGUGUGUGUGUGUGUGAGACCGGGCAGGUGUCACAUAGCAGAUGCGGUCCGGUCCUGGUGUUAGUUUGAAAUGUGGCAGGGAUAAUGUUUGGGAUGGUUUUAAUUUUUAUUUAUUUGUUCAUAGUUUUUAUUGCAUAUUGAUGAACACUGUGAGAUGAGACGUGACAAACUAGAGUCUUGAUAUGAAAAUUAAUGUUGUAGUUCAGUCCAAGUCUUCGGAUUCGUGGGUUAUUGCAUUCAUUUUUUUAAGUAAGAUGCUGUUUGAAAACGAAUGCAGCCGCAACCCUCGGUGGUGACAGGCGAAGACAUCUUACACACGGUGCAAAUAAGAGGUGUAUGAAAUGGCAAUGAAAAAUACUUUGUUUUUUAAAAUGUCUAUUUUUUUUUUUGUGUAAGAUCAUGAUGGGUGUUUUUCUUCUGGCUUUAACAUUAGACACUACUGAUGAUGGGUACAUAUGAUUUGUAUAUAAAACAUAUACAUAUGAAACAUGCUUUUUUUUUUUUUGUUUGUUUGUUUGGUUUUUUUCCCCAUCUUUUUAUGCCACAAGCUCCAGUGUGAACAGUGAUUUUGAUUGGAUGGUACUUUCACAAGUCUGUUUGAUCGGUCUGUAUGGUUUCUAACAGCAAGGAAAUGGACUGCAUUAUCUGCUGGAAUUUGUGUUUCACUUGCGCCUCUCAUGGUAAUUUGGUGGUACUACUGAUCCCUGGCCGUUUUGCUGCAACUCAUGUUUUGUUUUGUUUUUUUUGUUUUUUUUGUCGAGCUCUUUGAAGAGCCCAGUAGUGCAGAUCUGUUUCUACAUACAUCUUCUGGGGUGACAUCUUUCUCAUUGACACUGGAAUACUUAGGAGCUUCUUGUAAACCUUAAAAUUCUGAUACUGCCACCGGCUAUUUAUUCAGAAAUCCAGACGACUGCUGACAGUUUGCACACAGAGAACAUACAGUUAGAUGUAAAACGUAGUUGAAGUUUUACCUUCAAAGACUGACAUGCUGUAAAGAGAAACUGCAUGUUUUCAUUCUGCCUCUGCAUUUGAGUCUGUCUGCAGACGGGACUAUGAAAGUAUUACACUGACAUUUGUCACCAUUGGGCUCUGCACUGUUAUGUCCACAAGGGCGAUUAGUUAAUGUUAGUUAUUCCAUCACUUGAUCCAGAAUCCAUGUGUCAUGUUGGUAUCCAUUUUUGCAUGCUGUCUCAAACACUGGGUCCUCUGCACUGAGGUAGAUGAACUUAAGGCGUGUAUUUCCCACUUCGUGUAUAUGUUUGUGUGUGUGAGAGUGUGAGGGGGGGGUUGGUUUUGUUUUUUUGUCAUUGGCUGUGUACCCCAGAAAUGUUGCUGCUACUGUUAACAUGGGUCGAAGUUCAGCAGGCAGAGUGUAGUGAAUAAAGGAAAAGGGAGGGGAAGUGGGAGAUUGCUGUCAGUUGAACCAAAAUUGUCAAAACACUCCUGUCCAUGUUUGGUUUGUUGCCAUGGGUAUAUGACCAUCAGACAUCCUGUUCAUAGGUAAUAAAAAUAAUAUUGUGCAGAUCUUUUCAGAAUUAGUUCAAAAGUGUAUAUAGAUGAUAUACAAUAAAAUCCUCUUUUUCUUA